AAGACGCUGCAUAAUACUGUGCGCAACACUGGCCACGCCCACACUCCCGCCUGCUUUGCAGAGUCUAUUUUUGGCUUCUUUCCCCGACCCCAACCCCCCAGACGGCGGUGCACCACGCCUGGACGCGGCCCGCAUCGCUCCUCGAAACACGCAACAGGAUGGCUGAACAGCGGUUCGCCGAAUCUCGUCACCAAUGCAGGCUGGCGGAUGUUGAGGCGCGCUUGCUAAGCUCAUCGGUGGAUGCGAAAAAGCGAGUCAAAAAGGUCUGAAAUUGAUUCAGGAUUCUGGCGCGACAUUGACUCGAAAGUUGGCCGUUUUUGUGUGGCUCCGGUUCAUCCCAUGCGCGAUUCAGAACCCGGGACACGGAUGCCAACGACAACCCAGACUUGUCGCCCGACUCUUUAGGGGAAGCUGCAAGAUUGAAUUCCUAGGACAGAAAGAAGGCCGAGCAGUGAGAGCGGCACACACGCAACCAGAGAUGGGCAUGCUGUUCGCCUCGACGAACUCUGAGCCCCUCUCCCAACACCGUUGCAGCUCAGAUGACUGAGAAUGGCCGCGACACAUCAGCCACCCGAGCCCACCGUCUCCAGGGCUUCAUCGCCGACGGCGGCCCAACCCCCUAAUCAGCGCUCCCCGCCACGGCGGGCAUUGCCAGACCGGGACGUGGACGCCACCUCGAUAGAGGAUGCCUAUGUGGCAUUCAUCCUCUACUGCAACCCGGCAGUUCCUGCCGACACUGACGCGACCGCCUUGCGGGAGGCCUUUCGCACCCCUCCAAAGAGCGGAGGCAAGAGCUUCAGCACCUACACCCUGUUCGAGCUCAUCAAGCAGCUCGAGACCAAGAAGCUCAAGACAUGGGCCGAGCUGGCGUUGAAGCUGGGUGUCGACCCGCCAGACCAGGAGAAGGGGCAGAGCUCACAAAAGAUUCAGCAGUAUGCUGUCCGUCUCAAGAGGUGGAUGCAUUCCAUGCAUGUGGAUGCUUUUUUCGAAUACCUCAUCGGCCGCCCGUCUCCGUACUGGACCGAGAUCCCGCCGGAGCACAUUCCCGUCGCCGAGCUGGAGCGGGACGGUGUUGCUGCAGAGGAUGACAUGGCGCUGCGGGCGCUCCUGCCCCAGAUCAAACCGCGCCGGGGCCGAAAGAAACCCGAGGACGAGGAACCGGGCAAGUCACCCCCUCAGCGCCCGUCGCCGCAAAGAGACGAGGCUGGCGGUGGCAGGCCGGCCAACACGUCAGAACCAUGGACGGCGCAACCCGACGGGCGAGGUAGCGUCUUUCUGUUCCCGCCAGUGCCCGACCCCUCGAGGUUGCACCCGUCCGCACCCAGCUGGGGCAACGACGUCGCCCAAACGCCAAUGUCGGCCUACCCGGUCCCGCAGUCCGCAAUCACCCCAUCAUCCAGGAACGCGUUCUGGGCGGACGAGCCAAAGUCAGCCAUCACGCCCUCCAAGCCAAAAUCGGCAAGCAGACGACACGGAGCCAAGGUGGUUUCGUCGGCCUGGAGAAGCGGGGGUCUCGGCGCGGGCGGUAAGACGCGAGGUAGGCCGCCUAUCAACCGCGGAGGCAACGCCGAGGGGCCGUUCUCGGCGUUUCCAACAUCGGACGGGCCCGUCUUUAGGUUCCCCUCGCCAACUCCUGACAAGCGUCCUGCACCCGACUCUUCGGCAACCACGCCUACGAGCCAUCCGAGUGCGACAACCUCGGCCGCCGUGGCCCCGGGAGGUACGUCUCCCGCAGGUCCGCAAGCGCCCCCGCCGCAGCCGAAGCAGAACACAAGUAUUCUCUCGCCCAUACAAGAGUCGGCGGCCUCUCGGCCGGCUAAGCGAAGGAUGCUGUCAUUGCAAGUCCCGGAACGGAAGGGAGGUGAAGUUCGGCUAGCCACGCCCCCGCUCCCAGAACCGGCGACGCCGCCCGCGGUGAUGGUGAACGGACAGGCGCCCGAGCCGCAUCAAAGCCAGACCACAUCCCGGCCGCCCGAGGCGAACCAAACUAGCACCACCGUUUCUGGUGGUCCGAUCUCAGGAGCGAGCGGCGUGGAUUCGGCGGCAACGAGCGCCGCUGCGUCUUGGCGGCAACCCAUCUUCAGCCCAGCCUCUACGGACCGCACCAACGUGGCCGAAGUCGAGGCUCUUUUUGUGAGUAAGCUCCUCGAGGCCGAGUGGUAUGACGCGAACCAGUCGCGCAUACCGCCGUGCGGCCUCGACGAGGCGCUGGCCAUUUCGCAGACAGUCGUGGAGAACCUGCUCCUGGCCGCACCAAGCAAGGAAGCGUUUUUGAUCAACCUCUCCGGGCUCGUCGGAGGAGGGCUCUUGAUGCCCAAGAACUGCCUGCGCGUCACCCGCUUGGAAGAGCUCCCCGACCGGACGCAGUACUCGACGAGCUGGGAGCUGCGGUUUGGGAGUAUCGCGGGGACUUGGACCAUGGAGGAGACGGUGCCGCACGCGAAGUGGAAGAAGAGAGAACAAGACGAAGGUGCGGCGCCCGGCUCCGCAACACGGAACGGGGCUGCCGGAUCGGAAGCGGAGGAUUGGGAGAGGAAGUACAAGGAGGUGGCAGCCAUGCUGCGGCAGCGCGACGAGGAGUUGAUGCGGCUGAAGUCGAAGAUCGUCGAAUCGGUCAGGAAGAGCUGAACGAACUUACCACUUCUAGCGAAUUAGUGCGGAUACCCAUUCUGUUUUUGAUAUAUGGAGCGGGAAAACAAACAAGGGAAA